AUGGUAAAGGGCGGGUACCUCAGGAGUGCGCUCGCCGCAGAGCGCGGGGUCGACUUCAAAAAGAUCAAGCAGGCCCGGAAGCGCAAGGCCGCCGAGAAGAGCAAGCGCCAGGUCGAGAAGAAAGAUGACGAGUGGGAGGAUGAAGAGGAGGACUCCGACGAGGAUGAGGAGGAGGGCUCCGACGAGAACGGAGUGUCAGGUCUCGUGGACGACGAGGCAGAGGAGAGCGAUGACGAUGAAGAAGACUCCGAUGAGGAGGAGGGUGUGGGACUCGACAUCGAGGCAUUCGACGACUCGGACUCUUCCGAAUCGGAAAUAGAGAUUGAGGAGAAGAUUGAGCGACCCAAGAAGGCUGCGGCACCUGCAAAAGACGCCAAGAAGUCCAAGAAGUCAAAACAAGAAGCCCAGAAGAAGGAGAAGGGGACCGAAGCUGUAGAUGAGGAGGACGACGAGGAAGAGGAAGAGGAAGACGAGGAGGAGGAUGUUGCCUGGUCAGACCUGGAGGAUCUCGCCGACGAGGAGAGGGAGGAUCUCAUCCCGCACCAGAAGCAGACCAUCAACAACCAGACCGCCCUCCUCGCCGCCGCCGCCCGCAUAGAAAUCCCCACAGAUGCCUCUGUUACCUUUGCCAGCCACCAAACCGUCAGCGGCAAGGGCGCCAACACCGAGGAAGCCAUCCCGGACAUCUCGGACGACCUGACCCGCGAGCUCGAGUUCCUGCGCCAGUCGCUCGAGGCCGCCAAGAAGGCCCGGUCGCUCCUGCUCGCCGAGAAGGUCCCCUUCUCCCGCCCCAACGACUACUUUGCCGAGAUGGUCAAACCCGACGAGCUCAUGGAGAAGGUCAAGGCGAAGCUCAUCGAGGACGCGACCGCCAAGAAGGCCGCCGCCGAGGCCCGCAAGCAGCGCGACCUCAAGAAGUUCGGCAAGCAGGUCCAGGUCGCCAAGCUGCAGGAGCGCGCCAAGGCCAAGAAGGAGACGCUCGAGAAGAUCAAGACCCUCAAGCGGAAACGCCAAGAGAACUCUGGCGACCUCGGCGAGACCGAGGGCGAUCUCUUCGACGUCGCCGUCGAUGACGAGAUUAAGCGCCAUAACAACAACAGGUCCGAGGGAGGCCGCGGCGGUCGCGGCGGCGCCGCCUCGGCCGGCCGGCCCAACGCCAAGCGCCAAAAGAAGAACGAGAAGUACGGCUUUGGCGGCAAGAAGCGGCACGCCAAGUCUGGCGAUGCCAUCAGCUCGGGCGACAUGCGCGAGUUCAGCGUCAAGAGGAUGAAGGGCGGCGCCUCCAGCGGCGGCCGAGGCGGACGGGGCGGCCGUGGAGGUAGCAGGGGUGGAGCCUCGAGGCCGGGCAAGAGCCGGAGGCAGGCCAUGGCCAACAGGGGUUGA